AUGGCGUCACUUCGCAGAGUCUUCGCAACGUCGAUUUUGGCAUCUGUCCUCAGCCAAGUUCUCACUGCAACUGCACAGCCCGCCUUUGGCGUUUGCUAUGGAAUGCUAGGAGACAACCUGCCUACUCCGGCUGCGGCGAUACAGCUCUACAAGAAUCACAACAUUGGGACAAUGCAGCUCUACGAUCCCAACCCCGAAGCACUCCAAGCUCUAGGGAACUCCGGCAUCAGCGUGAUCUUAGGCACAAAAAAUGAAGACCUACCCAACUUGGCAUCAAGUGUGGAAGCUGCCAAGUCGUGGAUUGACGCUCAUGUUUUGCCCUACCAAGGUGUCAACAUCAAGUAUAUAGCCGUAGGCGACGAGGUCAUCCCCGGAGAAUCGGCUCAGUGCGUGUUGCCUGCAAUGCAGAAUCUACAAAGCGCCAUCAGCGGCUCCAGUUUCUCAUCUGUGGCGAUGACCACCGCGGUCUCGGGGACCGUCCUUGGAGCUUCUUACCCGCCCUCAAGUGGCGCUUUCACCGGCGAUGCGAAGCGCGCUUUGUCCGGCAUCCUGCAGUUUCUGUCCAACACUCAUGCCCCUCUGUUGAUCAAUGUGUACCCUUACUUUGCCUAUGCUGCGGACCCCUCCAACAUAAGAUUGGACUAUGCACUGUUCACCGCCCCGGGACCAGUGGUUCGCGAUGGGGAUUUAAGCUAUUGGAACUUGCUCGACGCGAUGGUGGAUGCUUAUUACGCGGCGAUGGAGAGAGAGAAUUUCCCUAAUGUGGGCGUGGUGAUCUCCGAGUCCGGGUGGCCUUCUGCUGGAAAUGGGAAUUUCACAACUCCACAGCUCGCGCUGACUUACAAUCGAAAUUUCAUGAAGAAAAUUGUAGCGGGGACGGGGACACCAAAGAGACCAGAUAGCCACUUGGAUGGUAACAUAUUCGCAAUGUUCAACGAGGAUCUGAAAUCUGCCGGCGAGGAACAAAAUUUUGGUCUCUUCUAUCCAGAUGGAACUCCAGUUUACCCCAUUUUUUCGUAG